GUGAAUUUUUUCACCUCCGGUCCAUCUUCACUCCUAGGGAGUCGCUGAGGUGGGGGUGACGGCGGCCUUGGAGGGUCAGUUUAAGGCGUGGCUGUGUCUGUAGCCUGCCGAGAGGCUGUUUCCAUAGGCCUGGAGCCCGGGACAGGCGGGGUGUCCCGGGCACCCCGCCUCCGUCCGGCCGCGGCGAAUGCUCUCUGAGCCUCCAUCUGCUCGGGCCCCUCUGCAGAAGCCUUCCCAGCAGCCUUCCAGUUUCCCCCUCCGGGACAGAACUCCGCUACUCGGCAUCGCCCUUGCAGCCCGCGCCUCCUCCGCUCGACCCAGCGCUUGUGGACUUCGGGAACUCUUUGUAGGGACUCAGACUCUAUUCUUGAAGAAAAGACAAAGGUAGAAAAGAUGGUGGCUGAUUGCCUGACAAAUUGUUACCAGGUCUCGGUAACUUUUGAUGAUGUGGCUGUGGACUUCACCCAAGAAGAAUGGAUUUUAUUGGAUCAGGCUCACAGAGACCUCUACAGAGAGGUGAUGCUGGAGAACUACCAGAACCUGGCCUCAGCAGGAUGUGAGGUCAUCAAACCCAGUCUGAUCUCCUGGUUGGAAGAAGAGGAUUUACACAGAGAAGAUCUCCAAGAAUGGGAAAUGCCACUUGGCACCAAAGAGCCAACACUGCAUCAGGAUUUUUUGAGGGGACAGACUUCCAGUGGAGUACAAACAGGCAGAAGCCAUAGUGCACGAGAACUCUGUUACUAUAUACAAUGUGGAGAAAUUUUCAGUGAACAUUCAUAUUUCAAGACACAUGUGAAAACCCAUAGUACAUGGAACACUGGACAUUUUACUCACUCAAAUCAUGAUGCAUCUGUUCAAGUACACACCAUAAAAACUUAUCCAUGUAAGAUUUGUGGAAAAGCCUUUGGACGUUCUUCAAAUCUUAACAGACACCUACGAAGCCAUACUGGAGAAAAACCCUACGAAUGUAAGGAAUGUGGGAAAGCCUUCACUACCUACUCAAGGCUAGUGGAACAUUUUAGAACUCAUACUGGAGAGAAACCAUAUAAAUGCAAGGAUUGUGGAAAAGCCUUUGCUAAGCGGUCAGGCCUUAUAACACAUAUAUCAACCCAUGCUUCAGAGAAACCCUUUGCAUGCAAAGAGUGUGGGAAAGCCUUUGCUUCCUCCCCACGCCUUAGUCAGCAUGUAAGAAUUCACAGUGGAGAGAGACCCUACAUAUGUAAGGAAUGUGGGAGAGCCUUCCUCACUUCCUCAUACCUUCGGAACCAUGUAGGAAGAACCCACAGUGGAGAGAGACCCUAUAUAUGUGGAGACUGUGGAAAAGCCUUCCAUUCUUACUCAAAUCUACGUAGACAUGUAAGAACUCACAGUGGAGAAAGACCCUACAUAUGUAAGGAGUGUGGAAAAGCCUUCCUCAAUUCCUCAUACCUACAUAACCACAUACGAAAAACUCACAGUGGAGAGAUGCCUCAUAUAUGUGGUGAGUGCGGGAAAGUCUUCCACGCUUCCUCAUACCUGCGCAGACACUUGAGAACUCACAGUGGAGAGAGACCUUGUAUCUGUAAGGAAUGUGGGAAAGCCUUCCUCAACUCCUCGUACUUACGCAAGCAUCUAACCAUUCACACUGGAGACAAACCCUAUGAGUGUAAAGAAUGUGGGAAAGCCUACCGUAGGUACAAUCUGCUACACGACCAUUUAAAAACUCACACAGUAGAAAAGCCAUUUGAAUGUGAUGUAUGUGGAAAAUCCUUUCAGUAUUUCUCAUACCUUACUAAACACAUCCGUAUUCACACUGGAACAAAACCCUAUAAGUGUAAGUAUUGUGGGAAAGAUUUCACUACUUCCUCAAGCCGAACUGAGCAUAUCCGAACUCACACUGGCGAGAGACCCUAUGAGUGCACAGAAUGUGAGAAAACCUUCACUUCAUCCUCUAACCUCAUUCACCAUGUAAAAAUCCAUGCUAGAGAGAAACCUUUCACUGAGAAUGUAGGAAAGCCUACGGUGGAUUUUGAUUACUAACCGUACACUGGUAACUCAUGGUGAACAGAAGCACUUCACAUCGGAGGAACGCCAAAAAUUCUUAACCCCUCACACCUUGAUUUCAUCAUCCUGGAACUUACACUGUUAAGAAACUAGAACUGUGGAACAUCCCCCAAUUAUGACAGCUUACUUUGAAAACAGGAAAGGAACUCAUACUCAAGAUGUCCCAUGAAUUUAAGGAAAGAAAUAUUAAAGCGCUCAUUAUUUCCUAGGAACUUACUAAAUAUGUGAGACUUCACAGUGAAGGGGAACACACUGUCGUGAGAUGUGCUGAAGGUUAUAGUCCUGCUAAGUAUUUUUAAUUCAUUUGUCCCAACAGUUGAGAAAACUUUAUGAAGGUAAGGAAUGUUAGAAAGUCACAUGAACUUAAUCCUCAGUGUUUAGUAAACAUUAUAAAUCAUAUCCAAGAGAAAGUAACCAUAUGGAAAUUUUGUCCAUGUGCCCUGAAGUGUGGUUUGCUGGCAGCAAUAAGGCCUGUUGGAUGAUAUAGUUUAUUUGGAUUUUUUGUUAUCUGUCCUGAUAUUCCUAGAGUGACGUUUUCUUCUCUUCAAGCAGCACCAUUUCAUCUUGGUUAUCUUGGUUGCUACAACUUCUGGGUAGUGACUGGUGAUAUGAGGAGUUUUUGGAAUAUAAACAUUGUUUUAGUGUAGUGUAGAUUCUCUAGUUGGUUUAUUGUGCUGUUAAACAUGCUACCCUAUAGUAGCUUGCAGCAGCUAAGUUUCAUAAUACAGUUAAAAUGCCCUUGUUCCUCUUUUACAACUUUUAGAUAAAAGGCAUAUAAAUAAGUAAAUAAAUAAAUAAGCAGACAAGCAAAUUAGCAAAGUCCCUUCCACAAACACAUUAAUCUAUGAAUCUAAAUACAUCAGUCAUUUGAUGAAGCCAGAGCCUUCAAGAUCCAAAUAUGUCUCCCAUCCUACACUGUGAACACUAUAGCCCUAGGGUCCCAAGUACUAAAGUACAUGAACUUUUGGGGAACAUUUCAGAUACAAAUCAUAAUACAACCCCUCCCAGUUUCUGGUAAUUCCUCAAGGUUACAAACAACUUGAAUGCUUGGGGGUAUGUUUUUAUAAUCAUUUUAAAUUUUGGUGGUUUUCUAUUAAUAUAAAGAGUGGAAGUAGGAUAGGCAUAUGUGUCCCAAUGCACAUGUGGAGAUCAAGAAAACUUAGAGGAAUCUGUUCACUCCUUUCACCGUGUGGGUCCCAGGAAUAACACUGAGGUUGUCAGGCAUGGCUUGGCAAGUACCUUUACUCACUGAGUUGGAUGAUGACUCACUGGCCCAUAAUUUUCAUAUUCAGAACAAUUAACUGGGGGACUAGAGAGACUGCUUUGUGGCUAAGAACACUUGCAGCUGUUUCACAGGGCCAAAGUUUAGUUCCCAGCACUCACACUGAGAUGUUUGCAGCUGCUUGUAUUCAAGCUACAAGACAUCAGACUUCCUCUUGUCUCUGGGUGCCCACAGGCAAGUGGACAUGUAGACACAUAAAUAUUUUUUUUUAAAGAAAAACAAUCAAUCUAGAGUUCCAAACUCUAUUCUUUUUUUGGGACUCACUAAGCAUUUAUGUGCCUUGUCCCUAAAUCAGUCUAGAUCAAACUGAAGAGAAAUAGAGACAUCACCUAUACUCUUGCUCAUUAGAAUUAUUCAAAAUUGUGCAUAAGAAUCUUCAUUUAGUCCAGCACCAGUAUGACUUCCCACAGAAAACUCAUUAACCCUUUCUUCAUAGUUGGUGUUUUACAUAUUGUGCCUUGGGUACAGCUGCCACUCUAUUACAUUUUUCUUUUGUAGAAAGCUGCACAUGCAUGGUUCAUACCAGAAGACAACUUGCACUAGACAGUUUUUCCACCAUAUGAGUUCCAGGUAUCAAACUUGGGUUAUCAGGUUUAGCAGCAAGUACCCUUUCAUGCUGACCCAUCGUGGGGUCUCCUCUAUGUUUUUAAUUGAUAUUUAAGACUCAGACAUCUUAAAAUUACUUCUUAAUUGUAGGGUUUGUUUUUGUUUUAUGUGUUUUUUUUUCAUUUGUUUUUUGUUGUUUGGUUUUUGCUUUCUCUUUUUAUCGGCAACCAAUAAGCUCUAUUCCUAGCUCCACACAUCCUCUUUGAUAAUAUGGUUUCGUUGUAUAGUCCCAAUUGCCCUGGAACUCAUGCUAUGCAGAUAGAUGUGGUGUUGCACACCUUUAAUCCCAGCAUUUGGGAGGCGGGGGCAGGCAGAUCUCUGAGUUUGAGACCAGCCUGGUCUACAGAGUGAGUUCCAGGACAGCCAACGCUACACAGAGAAACCCUGUCUCAGAAAAAAGAAGAAGAAAAAAGAAUGAAAAGGCAGUAAUAAAAUAAGGUUCAAUAUAAACAUACAGGAAAAGAAAGAGCUUGCCCUUAGAGUGGUUUGUAUGCCCAGUGAGACUCCAUUGGAGAAGACUCAUUUUUUCCUUUGGGAGAGGUUUUCAGUUGGAAAUAGCUUCUGGAUUAGAGAUGUGGGCUUGUGUCAACUUCCUGUCCAACCACUGGGACAAACCCCAUCUGGCUUAGACCCACACAGGCCCUGUGCAUGGCGCCGAAGUCUCUGUAGGUUGAUAUGUGUCUCAUUCUUAUUUUCUUGGUUUUCUUCAGUCUCCUGAGGGGAGGAAUUUGAUGGAAACCUCCUGUUGAGGACUGAGUAUUCCAAGGUGUCUCCCUCUCUGCACACUGUAGAGUUGUGGGUCUCUGUGUUUGUUUCCAUCCACUACAGAAGGGAGCUUCUCUGAUGAUGGCCAAGCAAGACAUUGAUCUGUAAGUACAGCAGAAUGUUGUUAGGAGUCAUUUUUAUUGCUACAUCCCUUUAGCUGGAUGGUAGUAUUUAGUUUUCUCCCAAGUUCAUGGCCUAUCUAAUCUAGUGUUCUUGGCCAUCUGAGCAGUGCUGGGGACAGGCUCCAUCUCAUGGAGUAGGCCUUGAAUCCAAUCAGAUACUGGUUGGUUAUUUCUACCAGCUUUGUGCUACUGCCACCAGUGCACCUUGCCACAAGUCACCACUGUAGACUGAAGGGUUUAUAGCUGUGUGGUGGUUGGUUACCUUUCUCCUUUGCUAGCAUGCAUAGUAUCUUUCAGUACCACGAACACUAGUCAGUAGGGGUAAAGGCUCUAGGUAGGCGCCAGCUCAGCUUGUCUGUCAUGUAGGCGUUGUCUUCAGCAAUAGGGCCUGACCAUCAGUUUGUGGAGAGCAACCAAAAGCCUUGCCAAUAGCUUGGGUUGUUCUGGGGUUUCCAUGAAGCCCCUUUGGCCAACAACUCAAUUAUAUGUAAACCAUUCUCUGAACUUAAGCUUUUAUUUUGUGACAAGAAAUGUCUGGUUGGAGCUUUAUCUCUUCAGUUAUUCGGUGAUUCCAUUAAAAUUUCUUUCACAUAUAUGAAAAUAUAUAUCUUAAGAAGCUUCUAGGGGCUGGAGAGAUGGCUCAGAGGUUAAGAGCACUGACUGUUCUUCCAAAGGUCCUGAGUUCAAUUCCCAGCAAUCACAUGGUGGCUCACAACCAUCUAUAAUAAGAGCUGAUGCCCUCUUCUGGCCUGCAGGCAUACCUGUGGACAGAAUACUGUAUAAAUAAUAAAUAAAAUAAAUCUUAAAAAGAAAAGAUGCUUCUACUGUAUUAGGUUUCUAUAUGACUCUUCAAAUCACCCUGAGUUUUAGCUGUCCCUCCCCACAUUUCCUCCCUUAGUCCCUUCUUCCCUCCCCCUCCCUGUUUGAUUCUCCCAUUCCAGUUGUUCCCCCCUCCUCCAUCUAUAUUCUAUUUCCCUCUCCCAGGGAGAUCCAUGUGCCUGCCCCCAAGUUCCUUCCUCCAUACCUAAUCUAUCUGGGUCUACAUUUAAUGGAUAAUAUCCAUUUAUAAGAGAAUACAUCCCAUAUUUAUCUUUUUGGGU